CCCUUCUCACAAGUCCUUAAUGGUGUGUGAUCCCUGCUCAGCCUGCGGUAGUCUGGGGGGCCUUUUCCUCCCCGCUGGCUGUCAGCUAAUCUCUUCUGAGGGCUUGGAUGAUGCAGGUGUUCACUGGCAGUGCCUUGGUUUUAAAGAGCUCAAGGUCGCUGUAGGAGUUUUCAAGAGACCUGGACGGGAGGGUCUUCCCCCAUCCCAGCUUUCUCUUUUUCUGCGGCCAGACGCUGCUCCACUCUCCGACGCUGGCCUGGCUGUUGGAUAACCAGCUGCCAGCAAGCUCCUUGUGGUGGGCAGGACAGUAGCAUCUCCGUCCUUUUGGCAUUGAGAUUUCCUGGAGGUAGGGAGCUACUUCACUCAAGGGCAGAACCCAAGCUCUGGUGACUCAAAGCUUUCCCAUUGGUUUGUAACUCUCCUUGACCUCUGGGGUCUGAGCAAAGGAAUGGGGGAAGGAAAGGAAAGGAAUGCCUUGAAGUCUCUGGUCCUCCCGUCAUCUCUCCCUGUGUGGGGCCAAGGAGGCAGUAGCCUGCUUGUCCAGCCCCGGGAGGCUCCCAAAGGAUAGGAAGGGUUUAGGGGCUGCUCAUUCAUGUCCUGUCCCGGUGGCCACCUGGGCCAUCUAGCAGCACUGAGCUUUGGCCCAGGGGCAGAAAGCCCAGAAAAGGCAGUGGUGCUCGCUGGUCCUGUGUCCUGCUAAGCUGGCAGAACCCCAGCCAGCACCUAGGAUGGGAUCUGGAAGAGCUUCUCGGGGUUCUGAGUAAGGUGCCAUCUCUCGACUUCUUUUGCCAAGGGGGAGGAAGAUCCUUGGGGACAGGAUUCCUGGGUUUGGCUGGUGGGCGCUGGUGGGCCAGGUUCGCUUGCACAGGUGUGUGGGCCUCUGGGACUAGAAGAUGUGCGGCUGCCCAGAAGUCUGGGCCGUGAUCCCACUGGAGGAGCCCUUUGUCUAGGAAGGGCCUGUCUGCACAAGGGGUGGGGGCUUAGGGUGCCUGGGGCCCGCCCCUUAGGCCCCUCCCCGAUAUUUGUGGUCCGCCCUGUGGUCUGUGGUCCCACAGCCAGCCCCAGCCCCCACACAUCUGACUGUCUUUACGGCCCCCGCGCACAUCAGGGCACAUCUGGGCAGCUGGCGCUGAAGCAUGAAUGCCUCGCAGGGCCACACGGCCGGAGCCGCCUGGCUGAGCUGCUGCAACCAGUCGGGGGUGCAGCCGGAGGUCCCAGAAGGGCCGCUCCCGGUGCAGGCAGUGGUGCUGGGCGUGCUGGCGCUGCUCGUGCUCUGCGGGGUCCUGUUCCUGGGAGGCGACCUCCUCCUCCGGGCCCAGGGCCUGACUGCUCUGCUGGCCCGUGAGCUGCGUGCAUCCCCGGAGGCUGAGCCCGGCAGCGAGGACUCCUAGGCACCCGGCUGCGCCUCCAGGGCUCUGACUGUCCGGCCGCCCUCAAACUCUGCGGGGGACUGCGAGGAAGCUGCUGCGGGUGCUGGCGUCUCCAGGAUCUCUCCAAGGGCCCCUCGGAGGAGCCAAGGCUCAGCUUCCUUCCCUUGAGGCCCACGGGCUGCAUAGGUGAGAAGGGGCAGAGGGGGUGCAGUCACGUC